UUGACGUGUUCGGACUUGACUGCACCGAAGUGGCCCCCCAGAGCGUGUGUGGCUGGACCUUAGUGAUCCUUCGCAAACCACUUGUAGUGACCUCUUGCUCACUCGGUUCCGCAAAUUACGGUGCCUUCGGCGGGAUUGGAUGCUGUUUGGAAUGGGAACCAAAGUAUCACCUGGCUAAGAGCAAGGAGAGGCUCUCUGCGUAGUGUCAGGCCUGCCGUGUUGUUUGUUUGUGGGUCAAUCGCAGGCUAGCGGGAGGAAGAGCGGCUACAAGCGUGACUCUAAACAAGAAGAGCGACACGACGGUGUUUGACUCCAAAACCCACCAGGCUAUCCUACCAGGAUCUGUGCGUGCCUCGAGUGUGUGUACGUCUGCAUCAGGGGGUGGCCGUUGGUCGACUUGAUAAACGAGGAAAGCACCUGUAGUGAAAGCAGCCGUGAGAAAAAGCAACAAGAGAUUCUGUGUGAGCAAACACUUUCGUCAUAUUGCAAGUGUGGGUGGCGUAGGCUGCUGCUGGAAUUGUGGUUGGGAUGACAUGAUGACAAUGAUACUAGAGAGCCAGAAUAGAUGAGAAACGAAAGAAAAAUAGUUUUUAAUUAGAGGAAGAAUCAGAGAACAAUUGUCGAGUGCUACAGGCAGCAAACAACUGACUGAUGAGCUAAGCAAACGACAGGAAAUGCUAAUCGUAAGGAAGAAGAAGCAGGAUUAUCUUCUUACUCGAUAAAGAUUAUCCUGUAUCUGUGUCUUGCGAAUCUGAAGAAAUAGUGAGUUGUUUUUCCAGUGUGAGUUUUAAUUGGACAUUAUAAUUACGCUCAGCAUGCAAACCGAGUGCCAAAUUCUACAUAUACAUGUUUAAAAGUGGAACGAAAUUAUAUGGAAAUGGCAAAGUGCCUUCGGAAUUUUUAAUCAUCUUCAUCCCGGUCACGGGCCAGCAGAAAUCGUGUCGUCUUCAUAGAUCCUGCAUGGCCGUUGAAUGAUGAUCAGUGUCUAAUUGAAAACUGUUCUCACGAUGUGACAUGAAAACAAUCAAUUAGUGAAAUAUAAUUGUUCGAAAAUUUCGGAAAAAAAAUGAAUCUAGUAGCCACAGUGAUGUUUCACAACGCGAAAAGCAUCCAUCGGUGAGGGGUAGUGCCGCUUCUCAUUUUCUCACUCUCCCGUGCCUUCCGAGUGAUGGAGGAUUCUGAUGGCAAGGGCCUGCAAACUGCCACUGUGCUAUGUAGUCAACCAAGUUCAGCAAAGAACAGUUCGUCUAGAACUUGGAAGAUUCAUGCAGAUCACUGAUGUGAAAAGUUUUCGUCUGCCCACGCAUUUCAAAAACGUGGCGAUGUGGUUUCUUUGUGUUGACGGUACACGUAAAGUACAAGUGCACCGGAUAACCGUAGACUCAUCGUGCGCGCAAAAAUAACGGCACCACAAAACAGCGUGGGAACAGUGUUCUGCCGUCAGCGGCACAGGCGAAUAAUACGCGACCCGAAAAGUGCAAAUUAGUAGUUAGUAGUUAGUAGUUCACUACACGCCGAUAGACCCCGGUUGGGGAUAUGGAUGCAAACGGGAAAUAGCUGGGGUGGAUCAAACAGGAUAUCGAAAGUAAGAUCCAUGAUGUUGGUGAUAGUGCCGUUGUUUUUGUUGCUAUUGUGAAGUGUCCAUCGGAUCCAUGUACCACAGUCCAAUUUGAGGAAGAGCACUAAGUGUAUUCUCGCUUUCAGCAAAGUGUGAUAUUUGUGGCAAUCGGGCCGACAAAAGUGCGAAGAAUGAUAAAUUGUCCCCGGAGGGAAUAGUAAUGAAUCCAUACGGUGAGUGCUGAAAGGGUAAUGUAACAAGCGAAAUGAAAUGUGAAUGAAGUCACUUGCUAGAUAAAGUUGAGUGUUAAGUUUCAUAAAGCGGAUAAUAUAAACUAACAGGCGAAAUAUAGAAGGAUCAGAUUCAGAUUCAACACUCGAAUACUGUGAUGACAGUUGCCAGAGUGCCAGGGAGAAGUUUAGUGACGAUAGUUUUUCACCAUCCUUCCACGAAUGGUCGGUGUGUGCUCUAGCUUCUACACCGGCAGGCGGAAAAGUUGGAUGAAAAGUGUUUCAUAAGCAUGCGGAAAGUAUCAAGUGUGCCAAUACCGUAGUAUUUCGUAUUCCCAAAGCAAAACUGUGCAUCAAUCGAAACAAGUUUACUCGAUUGAAGUCGAUAGUAUGAUACCCGCGUAACUGUAUAUAUCUGUGUGUGUGUGUGUAUGUGUGGUGUUCGCCUAUGUAAAGCUAAAAUUGUCCUUUCUGCUGUGCAUUGUGACAUCAAUGAGUGAAGGAUGCUUUAGGGUGGUUAUCCUUAUGGUGCCCUACGUGCACCAAUAGCGGAAUAGAGCAUACAAAAACGGAUCUUCGCUUGUCUACUGGCUGGCGGCUGCUGUCCGUGAAGGAUGCAAUGUUCCGGGCUUGGGACCGGAAUGAUAAUAUUGUGAAACCAACAGAAGCCAACCGAACUUUGUUUGUGCACAUACAGUUUUUGGUGAAGUGAUAGCCCGGAGCGACAGCUGACCAAACGCUAAAAGGUGAGAUCUCUCGGCGGGAAAAUAUCAACAGAGAAUGAACACAGUUUUCCAAUUUAACUUCAUUUAUCGUCGACUGCAAUUUAACCAAAUAAAAAAAAGGAAACCGGAGAUGGGCGGAAAUGUAACCGAGAAGUGCUGUAGCAAAACCAAGACUUCUCCCCGUUGAUUGCCGGUUUGUUUUCUCGCGAAUGAUGGUCCUACGGAGAUAAGACCCGUGGAAAAAAAGUCAAAAGUUUUUCUUCCCCUUCAUUCCACCCCUUGCUAACGGAAGUGAAAAACGGAACCCCUGUCUGGUGGAAUGCGAGACCGAUCAGGUGGCGUCAAUACAUUGGAAGCGUGUCGUCUUGGAAACAGCCAAAGUUGCGAUUUGGGACUUUCCUAGAGGUUUUCCACGGCAAAAGGCGGCUCGGUCGAGAGCAGUUACACCAAUGCUCUACCGUUGCCGCUGUUCCUGCCACCGUUCAAGGUUCAAGGAUAUACUCGGAAGAUGAAGGUUGACAAGGCGGUAUGCACCGAUACGUACGAAGAUUUGAGCCGGGCGAUACGGUUUGAAGCCGUCUUCACGACGCUCAUCGAGAACAAAAUAUUGGCAAUUAAACGUGAGUGCGAGCUGAAGAAGCGUAAUAAAAAAUCCAAAGUUAUUCGACGGAUUUUGUUUGGUCGCAAAUCUUGCAAGAAGUUAGGAAAAAAUGGCUCCUCCGAAGGAAGCAGAAAGAAGAGUGCUACCGAGGGAGACGACGAGAAACUUGAGGAAGAAACGGCGGAAGUGGAUCAGGCUGGAAGUGAAGACAUCGUUUGUCAGCCAAUUGAAAAUUUCACCAUCAGCGAUGGAGCCGAUGAAGUUAUCAUCGAAAUUGGUGAUUUAUCCUCGCUGGUUGAUGCCGAUGGAAACGUGCUGGCUGUCGAAUCUGAAAUUGCCAAACUGGACGGUAAUCAAUCGACAUUUGAACCGGAAGCGGAUCGUUUCAGUAUUUCCGACGUGGCCGAAGGUGUGACGUCCGAACAUGUAGACCAGCAUGUGGAGGAACAUGAGGGGUUGGGAGACGAGCCUGUACUCGCCGAUGCCGAAUCUAUCCCUCAGAAGAGUGAAGUGAUAGCACAAUCAGUAGCAGAUGAUAGAAAAUCAGUUAUUUCGAAUGACACCCGAUUUAGGGAGAGAGCUAGUACACUAGAACCAGUUAGUGUAUCGAUAGAAAUAGAACCACAUUCCGAUCCGCUUAGUACCCAGUAUGACCUCGAGGACAGCGCAACGAACGUUUCCAUCGAGUUGGACGUUAGUGACAUUUCCGAAAUGAAACGGAGCAUUGCCUCCGAACCAGUACCCAUAAUUAAGAACGUUAGCAGAUACUACGGGGAAACGUUCAGGCAGCCAUCAUUGCCUAGUGCGACCUCCCAUCGACUGCGUGUGCUCGAGGCCAAAUCUGUCAGUGCCCAAAAUAGCCCAAUUCUUCCGCGUCAGAAGUCGACCGAAGCUCGCCAUCUGACGUUCAGUACUGCGACCUAUCAGACGACCACGGUUAAAUCGAAGAAAGACAUCGAAGACACCUCAUUUGUGAUCGAUCUCAGUCGUGAGACGGGUGCCGACAACGGGGACACUAGCGGUGCCACAAGCAAUCUUAACUCUAUUGUGAUACAGACGGAUAAGCAACCAGCUCUGGAUGGCAAGCGUAGUAGCCACAAAAAGUCAGUAUUAGUAGUAGGCGAUAGCAGUAGUAGUAGCGCUAGUAGAAAGAACAAAUUGAACCUAGCUUCCGCAAGUUCCGACCAUCACUAUCAAUCGAAACGUUUCAGUGAUGUAGUCGUCUACGACCAAUCGCCGCCGCCAACGCCGGGACUGAUCGAAAGCUUUAAUCAGCUCACAACCCCCAACCUACCUGUGAUAACGAUGCGCCAGUCCGCGUCGCCGGUUAGUGAUAUGAUCAAGUUGCAUCGUCUGUCCGCUGCUGGCAGUGGCAGCCGAACUGGCACCUUCACCGCACAAGCUCAACUGCAUCAGGAAUUCAGCCAUCAAAUGAAACCGCAACUGACAACGACAAUCAUUAGCGAGCUCAGCGGUGGUAGCGGAAGUGGUACCGGUCGGAAGCAACGGCACGGUUUCCUCAGACAAUCCAGCUGCGAUGUCGAGAUGCACUACAGACCCAGUAGUGCGGCGUCGAUUUCGCAGCAACAACAACAACAGCAACAGUCGUUCAAGCAGCAUCCCGACCGACAUAAAUCCAGCCGCUACAACAGGAACAGCUUCGCCACUAAUCGAGCAUCGACACUUACUGCCGGCGGAUGGGGUGACUACGGGGACGAUCCGGUGGUGAUGGCGGAGCUAAACGAAAGCGACGAAGAGAAGCUCAACAAGAGGAAAUACAAAUACUUGAAGCGCUGCUCGGACCCGGUAAUUGUGUUUCCUUCCACUAGCACCGGUAGCGGAGGCGGAGGUGGAGCCGGCGGAUCGAUGGUGGCCGGACCCAGCGGGACGAAUGGAGGUUUCGGAAGCAGCGGGCUUCAGCACUGUAUCCUUAGUCGGCCACCGAAUCAACCGAUCCAAUUCCCAUACGAUGAAGACUUUAUGUACGACGUCUCGCUACAGCUUGAAUCCGACCGACACGGCGAGCUGGAUUCAAUAGUGCCUGAACAUAAAAGAAGACAUAAACAUAGACAUCAUCACCAUCACCACAAUUGCAAGAAGAAAAGACACAAGAAACGGAGAAUCCUAGUCCAUGAUUUAGAUGAUCAAAGUGUUAAGGUUAUAGAUCCCGAUGAACUUCCAAAGCGCGCACGUUGGACGAUAAUCGCAACUGCUUUCCUACUGCUGAUAAUGUGCCUAUUCCUAGUCGGAUUGACUCUGCGGAUGGCUCCCAUCAUCGACGAUAUGGUUCGCCAGGAAAAUGAACGACUCAUGCGGGAGUCACUCGACCGGGCCAGGAUGAUAAAGAACUACACCGAGUACAAUCGGCUGAUGUCGGGCGGUGGCGGUGACGAAAUUCCAUAACGUUUUUUGCUCAGUCUCAUCUCUCCUGCCGUCGUCGAUCACCGUCACCCGUGCUAUUGUUUGUAGUGGCAACGUGGACCACCACCACCACCACCAACCAGCUCGGUUUGGUAUGCGGAGAACCAAAUCAGCUACUAACUAACCUGCUCAACCCGACGCGACGUCGAUUUGCACAGAGAGGAUCCUUUGGAUUUUUUUUUUCUAACCUCUACUUGGACAAAGCAGACAACAGCGAAGCGGCCCUUCAAGGGAAAAUAGGCUAUUUACAAUUAAUUUCGAAUUUCGACGCGAAAUUCAAUUAAAAUAACAUCCAACGGUAAACCGACACGCACACACCAGCUAGUCAACCGGACGCAGAAGCUGGUGCCACAAAAACCGACAUCGACUGGCAGACAGGGCGGAAAAUUGGGAGAUAAUUUGCAUUCGCCCAUCACUAUUUAUUCCAACUUACAUGCGUAGAAUAAAUGAUGGCCGAUUGUUUAAUUUUAAAAUUCUAGAUUUAGACGGCGUCGGCAGUUCGGCCAAGCCAAGGAUAACGGAACGCAAUCGCGCAGAUGGUCCGGGAAUCGCCAGUUUGAUUAGUACGGUCAUGUUUACGUGAGCCGGAACAAAAAUUCUCUUAUGGUAAUGUAGCGGAGCAGACACUGCGGCGUAUAUUUUUCCUAAGGAAAGACAGUGUGUCUCUUGAUAGAGUACCAAAGAUUAUUAUUUUUAGUAACAAAAGAAAACAAUUAAAUACCACGAAAAAUACGUGUAUGAUGUGGUUUAUGAUAGAAAAGCAUCUGUUGUGAAGGUAGCUUAGUCGUUAUUAACUGAUCGAUACAGAGUUUACAUUUCCGCGUACCCUUUUUACUAUUUAGAAAAAAACAAACAAAAAUAUCUUUCCUGUUUUUUCCAACUUUGUGUAGUGUUCAGAUUAAACUGCAGAAGCGAUGUUAGCAGUCAUUGUAUUAAAAACCGGUUGUUAUAGAUGAAAAGUAGACGGAUUUUGUUAACAAAUUUUAACAAAAUAUUUGUUAGUUUAAUAUUCACCCUUCAUUAGAGUAUAAAUCGAGAUGAGUGUAGAUCAAAGUGAAUUCCCUUAAGAUCGUUCGUUGUAUUUGAUAGCUGUCCACAACUGUUAGUCAUGAAGAUCACAAAUAUUUAGCUCCCUUCCUGUCGUAACUAGUUGCUUGCAAUUGAACGUGCCUCGAUGGCCGAAGGCCCCCAAAAGAGUAAAAUAUCCUUCAUCAGUUUCGUCGUCGACUAGCGAAACAGAAAGCUUAUUCAACCCUCGAUAACGAGCUUAUGGCUGAGGAGCAUGGUAACCUCAAAAGAGCGGUCAGGGUUGUUCCAAUUCGCCGCCAGCAGCCAGCAAAUAUGUGCACCAUGGGCACUGAGGGCUGUACGCUGUGCGGUGGGCCUACGGUGGGGGAUGCUCUCUCGAGUAGAAAAUGCAGCAUGACGUCAGGAAUGGCAAUUGCAAAGCCGAUGGACAUGCAUCGUCUUGUAGAAUGAAAAUUCUCCGCAUGUGUUACGCACCGACGAUGAAUGAUGACCAAUGCAAACGAUAUACAUUGACAGAUUGUGGUUUGCCUAAUGCAAAUAACAGCCGAUAUUUGAAAAGAAUUAUGAGCCUGCGGUGUGGUGCUAGGAGGUUUCCCUAAGACAGCAUAAUCUUGAAGCAAAUUUGAACAAUGCAGAAUGUUUGAUUUUAUAUCGUUUUCCGUUUGAGCUUAAGAUUGAAGAACUUUCCGAUGAAGCAUCCCAACACUUCGUAUCCUUUGAGCCCAAUAACAAAUCGCAACCCUUUCUAACCUCCCGGGUCGAUGGCUGAGACCAUAAUUCGCCAAGCCAGUUGUCAUAUCGUCGAGUCCCAAUCUGGAAGGAUUUUUAGUAUCAGUAGAAUCGUAACCAUAGCCACAUAACUUCUGAUCAAAAUUGAUCUGGACUGAAUCGAUUUUUUUUUAUUUUAGUAUAUUUCCUUAUUAUCGCCUGCAAAAUAGGUUCCUUUUGAACCGAUACAGCGGUCAACCCCAUUUUCCAUACACUUACCAUAGGCCUCGGCCGAGGUGGCCUUCAGUUCCUUCAGCGAAUUACUUUUUAUGUCCUCAAUCGAGUCAUGACGCGUUCCCCGGAAUGGAUAUUUUAGUUUUGGAAAUAGGAAAAAGUCACAGGGGGCCAAAUCUGGCGAAUACGGUGGCUGAGCAAUGACUUUCGUUACGGGUUUGGCCAAACAUGCAGUCACAAUCAGUGCGGUAAAACAUGAUUUCAAUCGAAUAUUAUUAGAUGAAAAUGAAAUUUAUGGCCGUUGACUGUCAGCAUAUCCCUUCCCAUUCAUUUUACUUUUGUUGCCGAAGCUCCCAGAAUUCAUCAUCAAUUGAAUAACCGUACCUAGUCACUUGGAGUUUUGCUUGCUCAGUUUGUAGUGCCAAAUAGUGUACCUGUUUCAUUAUCUUCCUUGUUUUCACUGUGGGUAGUGAACCUCACUUCAAAGGACACUCUCUUAAUCAAUUGUAAGAGAUAUUUUGUUACUUCAAGAGAUAAACUGACGGUGGUUAAAAAUGAAUGACGGAAUGAUGCCCAUUCGGUGCGACUGCGAAGGUUGUGUGUCAGAAUGUGAAGUUUACUGCAGUAGAGUGCUCGUCAGUGUGUGCACACAUUCAAUUUCAAUUGAAUUGAAUGAAAUUUUACAGCACUGGUCAAAAUCAUGCAAAAAAUUCAGUUCUUUCGAUACGAGCUUAGUAUCAACGCGUUUCAUCCCCAAAGUAUCAACCAAACUUGCGUUCUCGAUAGAGUAAUUCCAUUUCAAACUCAAGUUUUCAAGUAACAUUGUUGUUCAUUUUCCUUCAUAGUAAAAAUUUUUCGUGUCGUGAACAAACAGCUACCAGACACACAUUAAUUGACAUAUCCCGCUCACACUUAACAGGAAUGUCAAAGAAGGUUGUACAAAUCUAGGGAAAUAAAUUUACCGAUCGGGUUUACGUGCGCGGUUUCAACGGACCAGUCCAGGUCAAUUUUGAUCAGAAGGUAGGUACAAAGUCUACAAAAUGCAGAGUGUGAGGUAGAAUUUUGCAUCCACAAUUAUCCAAAGAGUUUUUGAUCGAACCAUGCAACAUGUGAUCAAGCGUUGUCGUGAUGGUAAACUAAUGCGGUCUGGUGAUCUGCAUCAACGCCCAGCUCAAACGAAAACUCAGUGAACAUUUUACGUUCACUAGCUUUCGUUUUUUUCACGUCAAGAAUUAUUACAGAUAUGAUUCCACUUUUCGUCACAAAUGACAAUACGAUACUUAAUCGAACUCAUCACCGUUUAUCGAUUUCGAUUCGUACUCCCAACGCUACCCGUUUACCCGUCUUCAAAAAUUCUCGGCCUUUCUGAACGCUUUAUGUGUCCAAAAUCAAAAUCACUACUUUCUUUCACUUACUUUACUUUAAUGAUGCACAUCCCGUCUCCGGAAAAUAACCGAACGAAUUGUAGAUUUCCAGUAGCUUUAUAUUCCCGAUGCGCAAGCAUCUUCUUUGAUUGCGCACACUCAGCAAAUGCGAGGCCUACCCCACAAUCGGUGACCUCUCCCAGGGUCUCUACUGAGCAUCACGGCCAUUCUCUCUUCCGGGUUCUUACUACAUAUCCAGCUCACUGGUGUUUGCCGUGUUUUAUAAGCCUUCUAAUGUCCGCAUAUUUGUAUAAUUGGUACAGCUCGUAAUUCAUUCGUCUGCACCAUUCUCCAUUCUCUUCUUUACUAACUUUACUAACUCAUAUCGUUUGAAGAAUUAUGUCACCUGUAAAAUUCAUAAUUUCUUUCUGUGUUAUUAAAGGUACAAAAGCCUCUUCCACAGCUCUUCGAUCCACACCAAUAAUAUCAAUGUUGUCACGAUAUUUUUUCAAAAACAAAUUCCGAGAUAACUUCAGUUUUCUAAGCCAUCUGGAAUCAAUUUUUUGCCAUUUUCUAUAGAAAGGGAACAAAAUUACUGGAAAACUCGACUUAUGAUCGGAAAUACAGAGACCCGCUAGUGUUAAAUACCAUUCGACUCAGAUCAGAAAAUGGCUGUGUGUGUAUGUAUAUGCACCUUUCCGAAAAAAAAUCCCUCCACUUUUCUCGGAGAUGGCUGAACCGAUUUAAGCAAUCUUAUGUUCAUUUGAAAACUACUUCUAGGAUGAGAAUCAAGUUCGAAGAUUAAUUGACUGUCAUUUGCGAUUCCAGAGAUGAAACGGUUUGAGUGACGUAACCGACAAAACGUUUUUUUUUAUCACGGUUCAUUUUUUUCGAAAGUGUCAGUACUGAUUUCAACAAGCCUAGGCUCAUAUUUGAAAACUACUAUUGGGUUGUGAAUUAACUUAGAAGAUCAAUUGGCUGUCACUUCUACUUCUGGAGAUAUAAUGGUAUAAGAGACGUAACCAAUAAAACGAGUCCGCUCAAUUUUCUCGGAGAUGGCUGAGUUGAUUGUAACGAGCUUAGGCUUGUUUGUAAUCUACUUUUGGGCUUUUAAUCAAGUUCGACGAUCAAUUAGCUGUCACUUCCGGUUCCAGUGGUAUAUGUUAAUGCUAUAAGUGACAUAAACGACAAAACGCAACUUUUCUUUUCCGGUGAAUUUCGCUUGAGAUGACUCAACUGAUUUUCACAAGCUUAGGCCCGUUUGAUAGCUAAUCUCGAGAUGUAAAUUAAGUUUGAAAUUGAAAUAGCUGUCCCUUUGGGUUUGGAAGAUAAGGGGUGCUUUCUUAAGAGGUAUAGUAUGUGAUUCUAAUAAAAUUUUAAAAAAUUUAUGAACUUUUGAUUGGAAUCGAUAGAACAAUCAAUAUAAUUUAAUGUUUGAAAUGAUUUCAUGCAAAUGUUGGCCGCGGCUCCAAUUUAAAUAGCUCAUGCCCAAGGUCCAAUUUUGGCACACUCUCUCCAACAUAUCAGCCGUUAUUUCACGAAUAAAUGUUUCAAUAUUGGCAUCCAGUGCGUCAAUCGCUGCUCGUUCAUCCUUGUAGACAUGAGCCACUCAGGAAACAGUCCAAAGACGUUAAAUCACAUGAUCUAGACGGCCAGAACGUGAGUUAAACUAUUCACCGAAGGCGGCUAUCAAUUUGGUAAUUAUUUCGCGUGCCGUGUGGGAUGUGGCACCGUCUUGUUUAAAUCACAUGUCAGGCAUGUCCAUUCUUCCAUUUGGGGCAAAAAAUCGUCAUCGUUCCGCCAAUCGUCGUCAUUGAAGAAGCCCGAUGAUGCCACCGGCCCAUAAUCCAGACCAAACAAUGACAAGACACGAUUCAGGUGUGAUUUGUCAAAUUUUUCAGAGAUGACUGAACCGCCCAGGUUCGUUUGAAGGCUACUAUUGCACCAUUGAUCAAAUUGCAGUCUCGAAAAUAUAAUCUUAUAAGUGACGUAACCGACAAAUCAACACAUUUUUCAGAAAGUAACCAAUGAUUAUGUUCAAAUGAUACUUUUGGUUUUGAGAAUGUUAUCGGAUAUGCGACUUAAGCGCUGUAGCCCAUUUUUGUGAACCAACCGAAUCAAUCUGAAUGAAUGUGUGUCGAAAACCAGCCCAAAUUUACAACAGUAAUUAUCUCAUUGAAAAAAUUAUGUUUUAACGAAACUGUUUGAAUGGAAGGCAUUAUCACACCACUAAGUGAAUAAAGAAAAUAUUUUUUUGGUUCGAAUUUCACGUGUUGUUGUUUCAAAUGCUAGUCAAAAAUUCUCUGAGGCUUUUAGUCUUUCUCUAAAGAAAAGAUAUAAAAACGGUAGAAAACCGCCUUUUGAUCGGUAUUUCUUAUUUAUUCUGUUCCAUCUCAGACAUAUUUAAAAUCUACUAUUAUGUCUUUUAAUCAAGUUCGAAAGACAAAUGACAGGAACUUUAGCUUCUGAAUAUAUAGUUGUAGAAGCAAUGUAACAGGCAAAUCUCUUUUUCUAACUACGGCCAAAUUUUCUCAGCUAAACCGUUUCCAAAAAUCUUAAAUUCGUUUGAAUGCGACUACUGAGUCAUUGACCAAGCCUGAAGAUCAAAAAGCUGACACUCCCGGUUCCAUAGAUAUAACUCUAAGAGUGACGUAACCAACGAAACACUUUUUCCCUAUCCGCUCAAUUUUCACGGAGAUGACUGAACAGAGUUACGCAUUCUGAAACUCGUUUGAAAACCACAAUCAGGCCAUUGAUCGGAUUUGGAAGGCGAACAGCUUCGAUUUCUCAGAGAUGGCUAAACCGAUUGGAACAAACUUGAGCCUCUUUUGAAGCUACAGUGUGGUCAAAGAUCAAGUUUAAAUAGGGCAUGUGAAAUACUUCCGAUACUUAAUAUAAAAUCGUAUAAAUGACGUAACUGACAAACCACACUGUUUGCUCAGGAAAAAACUCAGCCGAUUUCGAGAAACUUUAGUUUAUUUGAAUGCUGCAAAAUAAGGUAAUGAUCAUAUUCAAAGGUAUUGUUGCUGAUACUGUAGGUUUCGAAAAUGUUAUCGAAUAAACGACGAAAGCGUUUCACAGUUUCGUGGGAUAUAGGAAUUAAUCUGGAACCUAUUGAAUCUGCCUAUGCUUGUAGCAAAAAUGAGCUGCAUGAAAAAAAUGUUUUGAUAAAACUAUUUGGAUAUUCCAUAUCCAAAUUCAGAUCAAAACAGUAUCAAUACAUGUUGUUGAUUCAUUGUUUUUGCCAUCCCGGUUAGAGUUCGAUUGAUAGAGCUGUCAAAUUUUGUCUGCUGAUUCAUGAGUUACUAUGAUUGAUGUUGCAUAGGUAGUUUCGUCAGUGGGAGUGAAGGUAAACCCAUGAAAAAAUGACAAUUUUUGUUCAUUUUUGUAAAUCCAAACGUUAGAACCGGCGGAAAAUUUAGAGAAAAAACGAUAGAGUGCCGAAUACAUUUAAAGAAAAAUAUUUUGAGAGGCGCUUUUUCAGGAAAUUGCUCUCUAAAAUAUAUAAUAGAAAUGGCUUGUCGCAACGUACUGUGACUGGGGAUGAAAAAUGAAUCUCGUACGACAAUCCCAAGCACUCAUGGGUUCGAGCAGAAUCAUCAACAUCGAAGCCCAGUAUCUACGGUUUCAAGGUGAUGUGGCGAGAUUAGAUAGACGUCAUCCAUUAUGAGUUGCUAAGAUACUACAAAACAAAUGAUAGGAAAACAAUAUUGUGCGUUUGAACCAAACAAUGACCAUGUUGCACACCGAUUCAUACAAAACCAAACGCAAACCCGAAAUAGCAAAGUUUUUUUUUUGGUUUGUUUGAUAUGGGAUCAAGAUAUUUCCCGAAUGCUGAGCUAAGGUUGUAGAAAACUAUUGGUAAUUCUUUGAAUGGAAAAAUCGUUGAUUUAUCCCGUAAUGCCUAAUCCCGUUAUUUGUAGGUUGUGUAAAUUCCAUCAUUUUGCCCCGUUCAAGGACAGAAUGUGUCACAACAAAAAUGGGAAAGUUCGAAAAAGCUGUCUAUAUUUUAAGCUCUUUUUGAAAACGCACGAUCUCUUAUAUGUAUCGAAAAACUUCCCCCCGGCAAUGCCAGUAAUAUUCUGUGCCCAUUCAAAAUUGUUCCUGCCCGACUUUGAAACCCAUUGAUGGUUUCUAUUCGUUACCAGGAGCCAUCUUGUCAGCACCUGGAUUGUGCCAUCAAAAAACGAUACAACCUUAUGAUGCCAACCAAAUAGAGGUAACACACGAACGAUGCUAUCCUAGAGUAAACAUGCCUCCGGCAGAUGACGGCAUAUUUUCGGGCAACGGAAAUCUAACGCUUCAGUCUCCCAUCCUCCCAUAGUACGAAAAGAAAAAGGGAAAACGAUGGCACCAGUUGCAUUACGUUUCAUGUCGAAGAGCCCACGAGCGUUGAUAAAAACCUGUUGCAUCUUUCGGAUUUCCACGCAGCUUCUCGUCGUCGGAGAUUUUAUAGUCCUAUUUUCCUUCUUCCGCUAGUACAUCCUAAUGUUUGUUAUUUGCCUUUCGACGGCCUUGAGUCCUCGGCUUAACCGUGUCGACGUGACUGGGUGGGGAGAGGCAGAGUGCUAACACAAAAGACGAACCUAACAAAUUUUGCUCUCUCCACGCUUCUUCAUGUGUCUUCAUGGCCUACUACUUCAGCUCACACCAUGAUCUCGCAGGGCGUUCGAGGCUCGUUCGAAGGUUACACUUUUGUUCGGAAUGGUGCUUCAUUUGUGGCGAAAUCUAUUCUGGAUCCAUCCUGACGGGACUUGUUUACAAUUUGGUACGCGAUUCAGAAUGUAAUUUUUAUCCGCUGGUAAUCAUAGUCUGACAGUAGGGUAACGGAGGUAAUUUGGUCACUCGAAUAUAUUUUGAACCAUCGUACCAUCUUAUUUCUAGAUGUUACAAAAAUGAAGUACAUCGUGUCUCAGAAUUUUUAAAGAUUAUUCCAUUCGCUAACAUAUUAGGUAUAAAUGUGUACUACAUUACAUUAGAUACUUUGUGGAUCUUACUGCUAUGAAUAUAUUAUGACGAUAAGGAUUUCGUUUCGGUACUCGAAGAUUGUAUCUUCGAGCUAGUAUUGUUUUGCUCGAUUCUACACCCAGCAUUAGUCUUCAUAGAUUAGAUUGAGGUGAACGAAAACAUGUACUGGAAAUGAGUUGUUUUUAUUUAGCACAUUGAAUGGUGCUUUAGAUAUAUACUAUUUGAUGAUAUCUACACUUCAAAAAAAUUGAAUUUUACAGGUGACUUAAUCCGUCAUACGAUGUAAUUCAUAAAGACCUAAUUUGUCAAAUGACGGAAAAUUUUAUUUGUAAUGACUUAAUGUUAGAUGAGCUUGAAUUUUACUGGUUUCGACUGUAACUUGCGUUCUACUAGCAGGUGCGACUGUAUGAAUUUAAAUGCACCUUUUACCAGCUAAGCAGAUGCAUGCUUCUGUGGCUCAGUCGAUUAACAAACGUACUUGCGAUUCAAUGAUUCUUGGUUCAAGUCGCGGCGGUUGCUAUCAGUAUUCUAUUUUUCUUAUUUCAAUGAAUUUCAUGUCAUGGAGUUUUAGACACAAUAUUAAAUGUUCUUCCCCGUAAAUUUGCGUGAGCUGCGACGCUCCAUUUAUGUGUAUAUAAUAAGAUGUAAAGUCACAGGAUUUUUUAAGUGUGUAUCUGAUGAUUCGAAGAGAAUAAAAAGUUAUAGUUUGUUCGUCGAUCCUGUUAAAUAUUAAUUAACUUAAUGACGGAAAACUGUAGUACUUAUAUCGCCAAUCGAUAAAACUUCAUAACCUAUAAGAUUGCAAACAACCUAAGUACGUUUGUACCUAAGACAAGACCUGACAACUUGGGGGGGGGGGGUGGCUUUUGUUCCAAAAUGGACCAGUUUCUGAUUGGAUGAUUUUGAUGUUGCUACCCGCACAUUGUGAAAAGAAACAACUUUUGCAGGGUACGCGAGCAAUGAAGACAAGUAUAAAGAAAAUCAGAAAACAAGUUUAUUAAAAUGUAUAAUUUUAGCUCACCAAUGAAAAUGAAAAUUUGCAUAGAAUGUUUCACUUUUUCUCAGUCUCAUUUGUAAUAAAUGUUUAUAGUAGCAGCACUGUGUAAUUAAAAUCACCGUUUUUCUUUUUAGUGAAUUAAAGUGUAACCAAAAGAGAUUUUUUGAAUUAGUAGGUAUAAACUCGUAAGUGUGUUUAAUUUUACGAGAAGAAUGAACUGUUGUGUUGCACACUGUGGUCGCACUAAGCAUUUCUAUCCAAACUUGACUUUUUCCGGUUUCCAGAAGAUCCGGUAAUACGUCAACAAUGGAUUCGAUUUUGCGUCCAACAUGAGAUAUUUCUUGUUUUGUCAUCAAAGCUCAAUUAAUUGUUUUUAAGCAUUCAUAUAAAAAAAAACGCAUUCUCCGAAACAUUUUUCAUGUUUAUUUCAAAUCAAAAAGCGAGUCUAAAAAUUUAAAUUUUGAUAAUUGUUUUUUCUUAGCAUAUAGUUAUUAAAAAAUCUGUAAAUAUGGCUACACUGUAGCCGAUACGUUGGUAUUUAUUCCACAGGGCGAAAAUGACGAGAAGGAUGAUUUGGAAGGAAGAAUAAGAAGCCAGUUGUCAGGUCUUGUCUUAGGAUUGUAUCGCUAGCUGACGAUAAGGAAAAAAAAUUAGCAUCAAAUUAUUCUUAUAUUGUUCCUUAAACUAUUCUGAAAAUGGUAAAACACCGUUCCGACAUAGUUCUAAAUCUCAUACUUUUUUGCGAUUCGUCUUCGGCUCGUUAGGGCAGAACAGUUCAUAUUGAGCUGCUCCGCCACUUAUGUGUUCAACAUAAACCGCUAAUCUUACCUUAGCUUACUUUACAUGAGUAAGCAAUUUUAUAACCUGCACCGCAGCCUUCUAGCAUACAUGUAGAGUUUGGCUUUUACCUCGGGUAAGGUGUUUAUGUUAAAUCUGUUGUUGCUCAACUCGAAGUACACGUAUUCUAUAUCGAGGAAAAAAAAAGAGUAACGACAAACUUCCGCAUUCCUCCCGUAAUGCUAAUAGUAGUAAAAAAUCAACAAAUUACCUCUUUUUACCGAAUUUGUUGAACGAAAAUAAUGCUCGUUAUUCAUUGCUCUAUUUCGGAACCAGCAAACGUACGUUUAAAAAUGCCUUCUCAUUGGACUAUUAAUUGGAUCAACGAUCCAAUGAAGGGCUUUCGCUGGAUGUUUUCUUCUCGUGAGGAAAUUGUUUCCGAUCAUGAUCCAAGUUUUAUGAAUAUUUUUUAUACUCUAUGAGUCCCAUAUGUGCACUUCGAAAUAAAUACCGAAUAAAAUCCAAAUGGAAAUGAAUUUCCUUGGCAAUCGAUGUGCUCGAAAAUCCGUCUGAAUUGACAAAUUUAAUUUUAUAUUAAAGGGUGAUUUUUUUUGCUGGAAUCUUUUGGCAACACUGUUUUUGACAGAUCACGCGUGUAUUGUGUCAUUGUCAAACUUGUUCAGUUUGGUAUAUAAUUUAAUCAUGAAUCGUCGUUUGCGACAAAGUCGUCGGCAGCAAAGCACAUUUCUGAUUGAAUGAAUACGACAACAAUGCAUCCCAAAAAAGUUUGCACUGUUAUUAAAGUUUUCAAAUUAUUCGAUUAUUUUAAUAAUAUUAGUUAUUUUAGAGUAUUAGUUUCGAAUCGAAAAUUUAAAAAAUAAAAAAUAUUACUCGAUUAUCUGGGUUAUUAAUCGAUUGACAUUACAAGUUGUAAUUUACACCAUCAUUAGUCGGAAUUGAGUUAGAAAAAGUUGCCGAUUCGAUUUUCUUUUCUUCUCCGGUUUCGUACUGUUUUUUAUUCAAUUCGAAAAGCAAAUUCCAUAUAUCUGAACAUUUAAAUUUAGAUCUUCAAGUUCUUCCUAGAAUUCCAACAUAAACUGUUCUAAUUUACUGGGAAUCUACAAAAACAACUGCCUUAGGCCGCAGCAAGAGUAAGCGAGAGAAACUGAGACCAACUUCGCUGACCAACAGGCCCCUUUGAUUUGCUGCAAGUAUGUUUGCCCCGACCUGGAAGGAAUCGUAGUGUCCGUAGAAUCGUACCACCAGCCAUGCAAUGGUUCUGUACACUCUGAAUCGGCUGCGAAGUCUAUUGAAACAGAAGGUCAAAUUCCAAUACAGGAAUGUAAUACCAAGGCUUUGCUUUAUGUUUCCCGCUCUUGCUAAUGUCAGUCACCAGCUCGGCUCAGUUUCUCAUCAUCGUACAUUCUUCUAGCUGGAGGUAAUAAUAGGGCGUAAGUCGCCAUACUGUUACACAUUCGUCAAGUGAUCAAAAAUUCAUUGAAAUUUAUAAUGUUAGUGUCAAUCGGGGGAGCACUCCGAAAUCAGCUGUCGAGUGAAAAUGCAUUACCCAACCCCUUCAGCAAUCAGUUUCAAUUUUAUUUAUUAGAACAGUUUCAAAUUUUCCAAAUUUUCUCAGGCUCUUUUGCUUAACGCGGCCGUUUUACAAUAAAAAAAAUUUUUUUUGACAGAUCUUGUUGUAUUUUUUUUCGUUGGAUAAGAGGCGCUUUCGCUGUUAUCUAGCGAAUGAAGGGGGAGCAGGGGUUCGCUAUUAACGCUCCCGUCAAUUGGUUCGGCAUCACUGUUAUUGGCGGAACAAUCGUUACUUAUUUCAUAGCCGUUGAGUAAGUUGUUAACUGCAGCUGGUGUACUUUGAUCUAUAGAAGAUACUGAUGGUUUCGUUGAGGGGUUGGUGGCUAUCACAUGUGUACUGGGGUUGCUUGGGAUUGGUGUGAAGAAAGCACCGUUGUCCUUUGGUGUAGUUGUCUCCUUGUCCAGUUUAUCACAUGGCUUACCGUAGUGAACAGCUUUUUGGAAAUAUUUACAUGUGGCCAUAUGAUUGUCAUAGGUAACAAGUGAUUUGCACGGGAUUCUUGUAUCCUGAUCGAAAGUCACAUAAGAAGAUAUAGGCCUCUUCAAGCGCAUGCGUAAGAAACGUACGCCAUUUAGAAUACCCGGGAAAAAAUUCUUCCACUUUUCUGUUUCGAUGGAGAGAAUCUCUUCGUAUUGGGACAUAGUUUUGCGAAUAUAAGGAUCGAUGACACCUGAGGGAAGACCAUGCACACGCAUUUAUAUAGCAUAUAUUUAUAUAUCUUUCAUAUAUACUGGAAUGUUGUACUUAAUGUUUUCGUGCUCCACAUAGUGCACAUUGUUAUUGUCUUUUGCGAAUUGAAUUGCAUCGAAUUGUGCAUAAAACUGGAUGUAAACAACAUUAUUUGUCUUAUUGCAUUGAAUUAAAUGCACACGUGUAAUGUCAAGAUGCAUUUGCUCCUCAAGCAAACCUGCAAGUUCGCGUAUCGAAGGUCGAUUUUUGCACUGCCUGAAGUCAACAACAAUUGCAUUCUUUCGUGUCGGCGGUAGCUUUUGUUCGUUUGGUUCACUCAUUUCGAGGUCGUUCUAUUGUUCACUACACAAUACUGUACUUGGUUUCUUCUGUUCCGAACGUAAGCGGUUUACUUUUAUCGACUGACUUGGAUGAGAUGGAAAAGCGAACUGCAAUUUAAUUAAUCUUAACUUAUUGAACGCCAUUCGUCGACGAAACUCUCGCUGUUUGGUGGUUUUGCUCGUUGUGUUUUGGCAACAAUGGAAAGAACCAGAAUGCCAGAAAAGAUGAAAAACAACUAAAAUUAAGUAAAAAGAAAUCAAAUAAUGGGCAUUUCUGACUUUACGUGUAUUAAUAUGUGCGACGCGCAACGCGAAAUACACGUUCAGAAAAAUCAAAUCCACUUGCUAGAAGAUUCCGCUUCUUUGUUUUCGACGGUUCUCUUUCAUUUAAACUUGUAAUCAGGACGGGUUAAUCCAAGUGGCAAAUCAAUUUAAACUCUGGACUAACUCAGAAAAAUUAACUCAUCUAAUCCGAAAUAAUCCCAUCUAAUCCCACACGUUCCAUUUCAAACUUUUUUAGUCCCUGUUGAACUUUUCCUGCGUAAUCCCUCGUAAGUAAGUUUAGUCCCCUGCAACCCUUCAUAAACUUGUUUAUACAACACAGGUUACUGCUGGGGAUGCGAUGCAUUCCAUUUCCGGUAGAAUAUGUGUCGUUGGUCAUUUGAAGCAGCGUCCCAGAUAAUUCCAAAUGGAUUCCGAAUCUGAUACAACAACCGAAUCCAACUCGGAUCGAUUAAAAAUGAAAAAAGAAAUAGUGGUUUAGCGAUCGCUGACUGGCUGGAUCUAUCGCCAUAAAGUCCUACAAUUAUCGGUAAUCAGUUAUUGUAACAUAUUUGAAACUAUACUAGAGCUGAAAAUGUUAUUCAUUUCACUCAUCUUCAAAUAAAACUUUCCGUCUUAAUGGGGAAACUGUUUAGUAUACUUUGAAAAUUUACACUCAUGUCGAAAAGAAUAAAUCCAAUGACAAAGAAAAAGUUCACUGAAUCACAAGCAAGCGAAUUCCUGCUGAACUUGCAAAAUAAAUCCCGUUCGUAAAGAGCAUACCAAACCAACCCAAAAAUCCCCCGUUAGAAAAGCUCAAUAUGCUAGCAUAUAGUACGCAUUUGAAGGAAAAAAACAAAAGGCAGAAACUAGUUUGUUACGACGACAAAAUAAUGUUCUAAAAAUAAUAUUUAAAAGAAAAACUAAACUGAAUCGGCUUAGAUAACCGUUAGCAAUCAAAUGGAUCGUUUUAUUAUUAUAUACUGAUCAACUUAAAACCUAGUACGAAAAGGAGACUGUUACCGCCAGUAUUCGAAACUUACAGGAUCAAACCAAAAAGACGAAUACAGCUCAGUGGUCACAAUGGUCUUUUUAAUGCGAAUGUCGGAAAAUUUUUGUAUCGCGCGAUCACAUCUACUUGUCUGAGACAAUUCUAGGAGUACACGGAGUUCAUGUGGCCAGGGGACAUUUGGUUUCUUUUAGGGUGCAAAUCUAAGGUUAAUAAACUUAACACACACACAAAAAAAAAAACGAUUUAUAUACUCAAUUAGCACAGGGGCGAUUGAUAAAAAAUGUAGCGCCAUUUGUAAGAAAAAUUGUUUAAAAAAAGCGGAACAUGCAGACAUAUUAUGAAAACGUAAUUGUGUGACAUGUAGUUAAGUGGAAAUGACGUUUUCAUAAGAAAAUCAAUGAAACUACCAAAAAUAGUAAACCAAAAAAAUGUUACCUAAAAAUAAAUGUCACUUGUAUUAAUGGAGAGAUUUUAAACAAGAAAAAAAAAUAAUGAAUCGCGAUCAAAGUGUCAACAUAAACUAGGAGCUACCUAUAGUUACCAAUACGUUGAGGACGAUACCAUGAAAGCAGACAAGCCAAAGUAUGAAUUAAAUGAAUAAAAAAAUAUAGGUGAUAUUUUUCCAUUGUAAUAGGCAACCAGCAUGAUCAUCUUAUUUGCAAUAAACAAUCAAAUCGAAACACACACACCGAAAAACUGGGAGCACAGUGCAAGAAAACGGCGAACUGCAACGAAACUUGUAUUGGUUUCCAUCAGACCCUGUCAGCUUGAAGCGAAGUCAAUCUUCAGUUCAGCAACGCUAUCGCACGGCAUCACAUUCAACAUACACUCAGAAAAAUAGUAUGGUAACUGUUACUAUAUAGAGGGCCAACUUGACCAUGAGCGUAUAGUGGUUUUCAGCCGACUAUGAAAUCAGAUGAUUUCAACAAUAGUCAAGUUCAUGUUUACUAUGAAUGGUAUCGGCUCUAGAAUAGUAAUAAUGAACAGUGUAUUGUAUGAAUAACUAAUACGAUUGAGAUGGUUAGCUUAACCAUGACCGAAUAUUUUUUUUACAUUGUAGUUUUUGCUAUAACCAGAGUCAUGGUAUUUUUGACAUUUCACUUCUAGUUAUUUUGAAACUAAAAGCAGUGGUUGAUUCAACAAUGCUGAAGAUCAGCAAAACAUGAGCUAAUGUUGAAAAGUUUUAUGAAUUUAAAUUCUAAAAUAAGAACAACAAAAUAAUUUCAUUAAACUCUAUUUUAUUUUCGCAUCAAAUCAAAUGAUAAUAUACCUGGUGAAAUAUUGCUUAGCAUUGCUUGAUAGCAUCAGUUGAUCCAAGGCUCUGUCUGGUGGAGUUUUACCUGAAGCAGGAAUUGGCAGCAGGAAAGAAAUUAUUAGCCAAGUCCAGAUGCAAACCUCGAUGCCCACCUGCGAUUUUCCGUCGGAUUCGAGCGAAUUGAAUCCGGGAAUCAAAUGAUAAUCUUCCUUUUCGUCAAUCGCUUGAUGUUGUUUCUACAGCGACCGAUAAUGAAUAAUAAACCGUAUACGAGAUGUUGAUUUCACUGGAAAACAUAACCGUUGCCGGAAAAUUGUUGAAAAAUUAAAUUUCAACGACGGAAACUAGUACUAGCUACAAACUUUACCUACCUGUAAGACCUACCAAAGUACACAGUCACAAUAUAGAACAUUUUGUUCAAAUCCAUCACUGAUGUGUUACCCAUGUUCGAAAUUUUCUGCUAAAUUGUAACUGUAUGUGACAAUAACAGUACACCCGUUCAUUGACAAUUUGUAUAGUCAGCACAAAUGUAAUACAUAGUAGGUUGAAAAACACUAUACGAUAAUGUGCUUCCUACAUAAAUUCUGUUGAUAUGGACUACAUGAAUAGUGUUUUCAAACUUCAUAAUCGUCUUUUAAACCAUGUAUCUAUUUAUGGUAACAUUAUUAUAUUGUGAACAUAUUUACAUGGUAGCGAUAACUAUUUAGCUCCUCAUAUAUCAAGGCUCGAGAGCAAUUUCACCUUACUAGAAAUUGUGAUUUUAACUAUUUGUUCUUAUAUUUGAGAUGACUACCAUUGUCAGGAUGACUAUGCCAGAAAAGUCAUUAAUACAAAUAGUUUAGUCAAGUCGUAGUCUUUGUUGUCUAGUAAUUUAUACAAUACAGAUGGUGAAUAGUCAUAUAUCAUGAUUGUUGCUACUAUUUAAGCAUAUAGUUGAAAUGACGAUGGAAAACAGGCUACGGUUACUAUGGUAUUUUGCUCAGUGUAUCAUGUCAAUUGUAUGGGUGCGCAACCCUGCUAUUUCGGCGCGCACGAAUUUGACAUUUUUCUCCCCUACUUCUAUGUAUAAGAUUCGAUGCGGGCUCGUCUGGGGCGACAUGCUCGCAAAAAAGGAUGUUGCCAAUGAUUUGUUCGGGAAAUGUGAGAGCUGGAUAUCUUGUUAAUAUGAUGUCUUUGUUUCCAUGCUCUAGAAGAAUAUUAGUGUGAGGGAAAGCGUUAUAAAUUAUUCCCCCUCUAAGAAAACAAUGGCUUUAUUUCUUUUCUUCGAAAAUGUAGGAAUUUUGUUGCAUUAGGAUAACGGAGGUAUUUUGGACACUCUAAUAUAUUUUGGACCGGUGUACAUAUUUCUGGAUGUAAUCAAAAUGAAGUAUACCGUGUCUCAGAAUUUUAAAGAUUAUUCCAUUCUUUAACAUAUUAGGUAUGAAUAUAUACUUCAUUUUGAUUAUAACCAACUAUAUGAGCACCGGGUCAGAAUAUAUCCGUGUGGCCUUCGUUGAAAAACAGAUUGUUUUUUGUUUUUGAUACAGACGAUAAAAAUUGAAUGAUAAUUUUCAAACGAUCAUAUCGAAAAGCUAUCUAAUGAUUUUUCACAAUUUAUUGAUAUUUUGCGGUAGACAAUAACUGCUAACCAUUCACAGCAGAAUCAUACGAAAAGAUAGUCUUACUGAUAGAACUUAUGUUUAGAAAAGUACUGAGUUUCUUAGACAGAGAGGAGCUUAUUUUGACUAUUUUGAGUGCUUUUUCAUUAAAAAAUGGACAGUUCCGUUAAAAGUGUUAUUUCAAAUAGAGUAAAAGUGGGUGAGCCACUCUUGCACUGAGCUCUUGAAAUAAUUGUCCUAGGAGUGUGCACUAUGGGUCAGAAACGAUAGGUAACGAUAGAAUGUUAGUGACCACAACUCUAAUCAAACUUAGUUUCUUCCUGUCUAUGUAACAAAUAUAACUGAAAUCGUAUUAGAUUCAGACAGAUCGCUAACGAACUAGAAAAUUCUUCUUAUCAAAGUCCAUCUACCGAACUUGAUAUCCCGAUCAACAUAUCGUAUUUAAACUAUUUCUCUUUUUGAUACUUGUUAGAAAUUUUAAAUUUUUAACUACUAACGAGACCAGAUUCAUAUCAGCACUUGCUACGAAAAAUGCUGCAUUCAUCUCGCCAACAUGUGCAGCGAAAACAGUCAGAGAAAAUACUGCGCGGGUUAUUAGAUGACGGGCGAAUAUUUUAUGUCAGUUUUACAUUGACAGCUGUCAUUGAAUCUGGUCUGAUACCCAUGGCUGCCAAGGUAGCCAAAACGACGAGUGGAUAGUUUUCACCCUAACCAAUGUUCGUAUCUUUCAUUUUCCUUAACAUUAAUUCUUCUUAGCUCGAUUUUUAUAUUUCACAAAUUGUUCACGUCAUGUUCAGAGUCAUAUGACUCAGAAACAAAAGGAUGAAAAAAAAUCAAUGUCUGAUGAAACAUGCUAAAAUCUCCCAACAAAUCAAAUCAAAAUCAAAAUUUCAAAACAGGAAAAAACUAAGUGAUGUUUUGAAACCAUUCCACUAAAUGAUUCGUUUAGUGUAAAUUUCUGGGAAAUAAAAAACUUCGGUUCGUUCCAAGAGAAAAGAACAAGAAAUACUAAACUUAUACUGAGUUCUAUCCUGUCGCGUAAUAAAAACAGUAACAAAUUACUCUAACAUUUUUCCCAAUUCAUCGAAAAAGCUUUGACUGAAUUUGAAUAAGUUUACAUGUGUGAAAUAAAAUAAAAAUACAUCUUUCUGACUCAUAUUGCCACGAUUAAAACAUCACCUUUCAAAAAUCCAUUUGUAGCCAGAGUAGCGGAAAAAUACGAAUUUAAUACCGAGCAUUUCCAACAUUUGAAUCAGAACCGUAUUAAAAUACAAGUGAAGAAAUAUUUUACUAUUUUGCCUCGUAUUCACUAAUAUACAGCAGUCACAUCUCGAGGAUUUUUUAUUCCUAAAUUGAGCGAACAAUGUUUUCUCAGAUAUAUUUUCCUACAGAAAACUAAUCGAAUUUUGUCCCCACUAGACUGGUUUGUGCUGAGGUCUGUUAACACUGAAUUCGUUGACAGUAAAAUAGAAUAAGGCAAUUGGCUAGGAGGUACCUUAGAAAAGUUGGAAUAUGAAACUCACUUUUUAACUAACUCAAACUUGCUAACUACCAACCCAGAAGAAAAAACAACUGAAGACAAUUGUAGAAUCAACCAAAGCUAUUUUAAAUAACAAUUCAAACAACCAUUGACGCCCAAAUUGCGUAAUUUGGCCGAACAUGUAGAAUGGCAAAAAUAAAUGCCACGACAAAAUCAAUCUUUAUCAAAUUACGACGGGAAAUUACACAGAGAAAAAUGUUUUGCAGAAAGAAAUGGUGGAAAAUAAUGGUGGUAAGAAACAAACUAGCGAAAACUAAUGUAAAGUUUAAUUGUAACGUUUUGUAACAUAUUAUUAUGAGAAGAAAAUGGGACAGAUGUUUUUAUGGUUAAAUAUAUAGUAUUCCAAAAUUGUUAUUCAGCUUCCAAAUAUA